CACGGUUGAAACAAAUAUUAUAUCAACUUCCGGUUUGUGGUAAAAAAGAAGACAAAAACAUUACCAGUAGAUUUUUGUGCUUAUCUAUGCAUGGCACAAGUCAGAGAAACAAUCGAACUUUUGGUCAAAGUUCUGAGAGGAAAUGGAACGUCAAAGAUAAAAGCAGAAAGCUUUAGACUUGCUAAAUUUAACAAUGACACCGCAACUGAAACCUUUUGGAGUUUGUUGUUUGAGUUGCUGUAUUUUUGUAAAUAUGGUACAAUUGAUGAAGUGGCAUUUAAAGCAAAAGCCGAACUAUCCAUAGAAGAAUUGGUGGUCUAUGUAAAACAAGAAAUGCAGAGAAAAGGGUUCCUGUCCCGAGAGUUUGCUUCUCUGCCUAAUGACAUGAGUAGUGGUAGUAGAGAAAUAUUAUUAGGGUUUGCUUGGUUGCUUUGUAAAGAAGGUCUGAUUGAUAAAUUUAUGGAAUCCUGCUCAUCACCUCUAGAUGAAGAAGAUCCAUCUUUUAUGUAUGAGUUUGAAUUUGAAGAAAUGACCAAACCAUCAAAGCAAAUGCAAACACAGAGAGUUAUUUCCCCUGGACAGAAGGUUCAACAUUUAAGACUUUUGAAUGGUAAACUUAGAUCUAAUAUUAGGCAGCUGCAAGCUUUACAGAGAGAAAAGGCAAAGCUUCAAAACAGGGUACAUGAUAGUACAUAUGGUGUAUCACUGAACCCAGAGAGGAACCACCUGUCUGUUAUGGAGGUCCAUCUAUUAAAACACCCCGAGUUAAUGAAAAAGAUAUUAAAGUUGUUGGAAAAAGACAAUGAAAGACUACAAAACAUGUUGUCAUGGAAAGAUCAAGAAGAAGUCUUUUGGAAAUGGAUGGAAAGUGUUCUAGAUCACAAACUGAAAGAUAAAGUAGAGGACAUGAGUCCUGGGAGGAUGACAUUUUACAACAUACCACCAGAUGCUGUCAUCAAGAUGGAGUCAGCUAAACAACAGUUAGAGGACGCCAUUAUGAAGUAUGAACAAAUAAUUGAGGAGAUUGAGGAAAUAUGGGAAUCAAAGCGUUCAUCAAUAUCAGAAAGAGAACUAGACAACUUGUUAUCCUCUAUCAAUACAGAAAUUUCACUUCAGAGGGCAAAUCUUGCUCUUGACAGUACAGAAGACAUUUUACGCAAUCAAAAAGAAACUCGCUUUUUGUUAACAAAGAACAACAGUAAAAAACUAUCCAAUUUAUCUAGCCAUAUAUCAAGUCAUGUGACACCACAAGAACAAUCAGUGCCAGCAGUUGACAUUGAACAUGAAUUAGCACUCAUGGAGAGACAGUUAGAGAGGAUUGAACUGGAGACAAAUAGAAAACGAGAAAAGUAUAGAGGCCAAUUAGAAAAUCUGGCUUCAACUGUUCCUGAGGCCAUUUGUAUUCAGCCAAUGUCUUGUAGAUAAGUCCCACGAUUCGCAGAUAUCUUCAUUGGUUUCUUUAUGUUAAAUGUAGUCAAACUUCUGUUACUGAAACGAUUUUGAUGGGAAAUUUAUGAGCUGCUUCCUUGUAAAAGAGGAAGUGUUCUAAAGGCCCAUUUUGCUAUCUAAAAAUUGAGGUAUUACAAAAUCAGCUAAUUUAUGGCUGUACAUAAUUGAAAAGUAUGUGCAAAGUUUUAAGCUCUAAUAUCUUAAACAAAGUUAAAAACAUACACUAACAUUUUGCAGUCUAAAGACAGCCUUAAUUAAUUUAUUUAUACAAAAUGACAUAUUUUGACACAAACCAGUAUUUGUGUGUGGGAAAUAUUAAGCACAUGCAAGUUCCAAAAACCUGAUUAUAUUAAAAGGAGUUAAGUUUAUACCAGCAAGUUAAGUGAUAGAUAAGCUUGUUGGUUUUUGCAUGUCCUUAUUAUUUAUUGGUCAUAAGCUACUUAAAAAUUGAUCAAAUUUAGGAUUUGGUCAUUAAAUUACAUUCAUUGUGAGGUCAAGAAUUGUAAGCAAAACUUUUUGAGGUUGGGGUAGCAACAGCAAUGAAUUUAUUUAUCUAGUAUGUAAAUUUUUAAGCAUUAGCACAAUUAUUUGACCCUGCCCCCUCAGUCACGGAUUCUGACUUUGAAAUUUUUGCCAAAUUUUUUACAUGUUAAACUUGUGAUUAGGUCAGUUUGCAGUAUUAGCUUUUUCUAUGUUUCAUUUCCGUACAUAUUAUAUGGCCCCUCUCCAUCAGUCAUGGUUUAAAGACUUUGAAUGUUUUGCAUUAUUAAAUAUUUCCAUUAGGAAUCGAUGGGUCUCCAAUGUUUGCAUUAUACUAUAGCAAAAUAACAAAAUGGCAAGACAUAUCUCUGUGUCAACAAGUUUUUUGUAUUUACAUUUGUUUGCAUAACAAAGAAAUCCACUUCAGAGUUUAUUUGACUAUUUUAUACAAACCUGCUCUUAUACUCUUUGAAAGAGUUAUAGAUCAGUCACAAAGGUCAUUUUUAUCAGCAAUUUUAAAUCAUAUAUUUUUCUCAAGUUGAUGAUAAUAUUUUGAUUUUUUUUUGGUUUAUUUUGAUAAACUAUUCAUUAAAGGUCAUCCAAAUGUAUUUCACUUGCACUAAGAUAACAGAUUUUUCAUUAAAAAUAUAAGGCCAGCGAAACAAAUUAUCUGUGUGUUAACUAAUCUAAGAAAAAAUAUGUCUGAAGAUCCAGUCUGGUAAAAACAAAACAAUUGAAGUUUGCAUAUUAUCAUUGAAUUUGAUGUAUGUUAUUAUAAGGCCCCAAUAUUUCACCUUUUUAGCUCACCUGGCCCGAAGGGCCAAGUGAGCUUUUCUCAUCACUUGGCGUCCGGCGUCCGGCGUCGUCCGUCGUCGUCCGUCGUCGUCGUCCGUCGUCGUCGUCCGUCGUCGUUAACUUUUACAAAAAUCUUCUCCUCUGAAACUACUGGGCCAAAUCAAACCAAACUUGGCCACAAUCAUCAUUGGGGUAUCUAGUUUAAAAAAUGUGUGGCGUGACCCGGUCAACCAACCAAGAUGGCCGCCACGGCUAAAAAUAGAACAUAGGGGUAAAAUGCAGUUUUUGGCUUAUAACUCAAAAACCAAAGCAUUUAGAGCAAAUCUGACAUGGGGUAAAAAUGUUUAUCAAGUCAAGAUCUAUCUGCCCUGAAAUUUUCAGAUGAAUCGGUCAAUCGGUUGUUGGGUUGCUGCCCCUGAAUUGGUAAUUUUGAAGAAAUUUUGCUGUUUUUGGUUAUUAUCUUGAAUAUUAUUAUAGUUAGAGAUAAACUGUAAACAGCAAUAAUGUUCAGCAAAGUAAGAUCUACAAAUAAGUCAACAUGACCAAAAUGGUCAAUUGACCCGUUUAGGAGUUAUUGCCCUUUAUAGUCUAUUUUUAACCAUUUUUCGUUAAUUAAAGUAAUCUUUUACAAAAAUCUUCUCCUCUGAAACUACUUGGCCAAAUUAAUCCAAACUUGGCCACAAUCAUCUUUGGGGUAUCUAGUUUAAAAAAUGUGUGGCGUGACCUGGUCAACCAACCAAGAUGGCCGCCACGGCUAAAAAUAGAACAAAGGGGUAAAAUGCAGUUUUUGGCUUAUAACUCAAAAACCAAAGCAUUUUGAGCAAAUCUGACAUGGGAUAAAAAUGUUUAUCAGGUCAAGAUCUAUCUGCCCUAAAAUUUUCAGAUAAAUCGGUCAAUCGGUUGUUGGGUUGCUGCCCCUGAAUUGGUAAUUUUGAGGAAAUUUUGCUGUUUUUGGUUAUUAUCUUGAAUAUUAUUAUAGAUAGAGAUAAACGGUAAACAGCAAUAAUGUUCAGCAAAGUAAGAUCUACAAAUAAGUCAACAUGACCAAAAUGGUCAGUUGACCCGUUUAGGAGUUAUUGCCCUUUAUAGUCAAUUUUUAACCAUUUUUCGUAAAUUAAAGUAAUCUUUUACAAAAAUCUUCUCCUCUGAAACUACUUGGCCAAAUUAAUCCAAACUUGGCCACAAUCAUCUUUGGGGUAUCUAGUUUAAAAAAUGUGUGGUGUGACCUGGUCAACCAACCAAGAUGGCCGCCACGGCUAAAAAUAGAACAUAGGGGUAAAAUGCAGUUUUUGGCUUAUAACUCAAAAACCAAAGCAUUUAGAGCAAAUCUGACAUGGGGAUAAAAAUGUUUAUCAGGUCAAGAACUAUCUGCCCUGAAAUUUUCAGAUGAAUCGGUCAAUCCGUUGUUGGGUUGCUGCCCCUGAAUUGGUAAUUUUGAGGAAAUUUUGCUGUUUUUGGUUAUUAUCUUGAAUAUUAUUAUAGAUACAGAUAAAUUGUAAACAGCAAUAAUGUUCAGCAAAGUAAGAUCUACAAAUAAGUCAACAUGACCAAAAUGGUCAGUUGACCCCUUUAGGAGUUAUUGCCCUUUAUAGUCAAUCUUUAACCAUUUUUCAUAAAUCUAAGUAAUCUUUUACAAAAUCUCCACUGAAACUACUAGGCCAUAAUCAUCUUUGGGGUAUCUAGUUUGAAAAAUGUGUCCGAUGACCUGGCCAUUCAACCAAGAUGGCCGCCACGGCUAAAAAUAGAACAUAGGGGUAAAAUGCAGUUUUUUGCUUAUAACUAUGAAACGAAAGCAUCUAGAGCAAAUCUGACAAGAAGUUAAAUUGUUAAUCAAGUCAAUAUCUAUCUGCCCUGAAUUUUUCAGAUGAAUUGGACAACUGGUUGUUGGGUUGCUGCCCUCCAAUUGGUAAUUUUUAAAGAAAUUUUGCCGUUUUUGGUUAUCUUGAAUACUAUUAUAGAUAGCGAUAAAUUGUAAACAGCAAUAAUGUACAGCAAAGUAAGAUCUACAAAUAAGUCAACAUGACCUAAAUGGUCAAUUGACCCCUUAAGGAGUUAUUGCCCUUUAUAGUCAAUUUUUAACAAUUUUCAUUAAUUUGGUAAAUUUAUGUAAAUUUUUACCAAAUAUAGUUCUCUGUUACUAAUGGGCAAAGUUCAUGAUAGAUAUAAUUGUAAGAUGCAAAAUCGUUCAGUAAAGUAAGAACUUCAAACACAUCACCAUCACCAAAAUACAAUUUUGUCAUGAAUUCAUUUGUGUCCUUUGUUUAAUAUGCACAUAGACCAAGGUGAGCGACACAGGCUCUUUAGAGCCUCUAGUUUUCUAGCUCAUCAAAUUCUUAUUUGCCUCACACACAUCUCAAUAAUGACUAGAUAAGAAAUAGGUAUUUAUAAAUAGUGUUCUCUUUGUGAUGUUAUAAUUUAUAUCAAUCUAUUUGAACUCAAAAAUGACUUCAGAGUUUAUUUGACUUUUUAUACAAACCUUAAGGCUAUAAAGAAGGUUUUAAACUGCCUUUAAUUGCAGAUUGAUGAGUUUUAAAGCAGUUAUAUAAUUGUUUAUUUAAUGUUUGCCAUAUACAGCAUUAUAUUUAAUAUAUAUCUAUUAUAUAUGUAUGUAUUUAUUGUGGUUUUAUUUGUUUAUUUUUUUCAGUGGUUAGUUUGUUAUAUUUUUUCACGAUUUUUUCCAUUAAACUACAUAUUAUUUCAA